AUGUACACAAGCUACACACUAGUCGGUUCCCAAUUGGAUCAGCCGACGAUCAUAUGCAUGCUCCGUGAAACGGUGAACUUGAUGAAUAGCACGAGCGCGAUCGGGUCUCCCCCUCGGAGAAGAGCUCGAUCCAGGAGGCAGAUCGCGCGCGGGAAAAGAUCGCGUGUCCGCGACACUCUCACGUGUCGCAGCGGUCGCGAUGUAUCGGGAUAUACGCGACAGUUUAGACUCGUCGUCCCGACCGGCACGACGACAAGACUCCAGCUUGGAUACCGAUACUUUUGGUUAGUGAACGUUGCGCGUGUGGAUCUUUCCACUUCGCUGUGUAUAAUUCCUCUUCCCGCGACGACAGCGGUGGUGGCGGCGACAGCAGCGGCGGCGGCAGCGGUAGCGGCGGUGGAGGCAGCGACGGCGGCAGCGGCAACGACGAACCCGUGGUAUUAUCCGAUAGCCACUCCUGCGAUACGGAUGUUCACAGGAACACGAUCAACUCAUGCGAAUACCCGUGACAGUCGCCGUCGGCUCGCAUCGCCGCACGCACCCUUUUCCCCUGAGCUGCACACUCUAAAAUUGACAUAGACACCGAACAGCCACAACACUACAUUCCGCCAUGAUAGAUCAUAACAACGCGCCACGGGGUUCACCGCGUGAUACGCAAGGACGCGUGGCGCGAGAUUUGAACGGUGCCGACAGACUUUGA